AUGCGUUUCUCAAUUGUCGCUCUCGCUCUUUCUUUGUGCCUUGCUGUCCACGUUCAUGGUGCACCUUUCCUUGGUGGAACAACUGGUACCGCUCUUACUGGCAUUAACGGUGGCCAACUUUAUCCUGGACAAUUUGACCCUGAUGGCGAGCACGAUGGCUUGUUUGGUGAAAACGAGUUCGAGGCUGACGAAAAUGAAAAUGAAAUCGGCGACGGCGGCUUCCCUUUUGAUGAUGCUGCUUAG